CGCUGCGUCACUGUGACUAAUAGCCACGCCCACCGAAUGACUUCCGGGUUUUGCUGCUGCAAGUAAGUAGAAAAUAACGCAGACACUUGGAUUCACUAUUUUGAAGCACAAUAAACAUGAGAAAAGUGGAGAAAACUGUACUGAGUGUUGAACAGACUGAGGGAGUUGGCGCUCGUGUUCGCAGAAGCAUUGGUAGAAAAGAGUUGGAGAACCUGGAUCCUUUUCUGAUGCUGGAUGAGUUUCGUGUCUGCAAGCCUGCAGGUUUUCCAGACCACCCUCACAGAGGUUUUGAAACGGUAACGUACGUGUUGGAAGGGGCCAUAGCCCAUGAAGACUUCUGUGGCCAUUCGGGGCGACUGAAACCUGGAGAUCUGCAAUGGAUGACUGCAGGACGGGGAGUGGUUCAUGCUGAGAUGCCCAUGUCUGAGGAACCCUUGGUGGGUUUGCAGCUGUGGGUGAACCUGUCCAGGCAGAAUAAGAUGGUGGAACCAGCCUAUCAGGAACUGCAGAGCUCAGAUAUCCCCAAAGUGACUCACGGUGGGGUCACUGUGGCUGUGAUAUCUGGAGAAGCCUUAGGAGCAAAGUCCAAGGUCUACACAAGGACACCGACAAUGUAUUUGGAUUUUGUGCUGAAGAUUGGAGCCCAACAUGUACAGCCAGUCCCAUCAGGAUGGACUGCCUUCAUUUACACUCUGUCAGGAACCAUUCAUGUUGUUGGACAUUGUUCUCUUGAAGGCCCUGAUGAGGAGCAGCAGAAGGUGGAGCCCCAUCACACGGUGGUUUUUGGAGAUGGGGACAGUAUUCGAUUUGAAAACAAGGGUUCCGACAUUUGCCAUUUUGUCCUGAUAGCUGGAGAACCCAUCAAUGAGCCUGUCGUGAAGCAUGGUCCAUUUGUAAUGAACACGCAGGAAGAGAUCAACCAGGCUAUCAGUGAUUACAGAAAUGGUCAAAAUGGCUUUGAGCGAGCCUUAAACUGGCGAUCUCAGAUCCGAGAUUCUUUUUGACCAUUAUGUUGUACAAAAUAUAUUAUUUGCUACUUGCAUCUAUUUUUGUAAUCUUUCUUUGGUCAUAAAGUAAAUUUACAUUCCAUUUUAUUAGAACAACAACACCCUAGCACAGUAGUUUUUAAACCUUUCUAUGCCGUAUGCCAUCUGAAAAUAAUAUUCUCGCUCUCGAAGUGCUACCACAAUUACCAACAUCAAGUGCUCCAAAAAAAUGGAACUGAGGUUUUAUUUCUAAAAGGUUUAUUUAAAAUUGUUGUAAGCCAUUGUAAUGUCAUACACAUUUUGAACAUUAACACUGCACUUACGAAAAUGACAAUAAAACAAAAUUACUUAUACUUAUAAAUAAUGAUUCAUUGAAAAUGCUUAGUGCGUAAAAGGUGAAUAAAAACUGCACCAAAACAAACAGUUCUAAAAGAUUACAAGUCAAUAUAUUGUCCUAACAAGUCAAAUACAACUGAGCUGUGCAAAACAAAUAUAUAGAAUUUU